GAGGAAGGAAAGACAAGCAAGCCGUUUCUCACUCCCGUUGGACCUGGCCUGUUUUCUUUGUUCCCUCCGCUUCUGUCACCUUUUUUUCGUCUUGCCAUCUAACCAGGUAUCGAAAUUCACCCUCUAAUAAAACCAAAUCGCUUUUUUCUUUUCUUUUUUUUUUUGCUUGUGCUGCGUUUUACUUCGUUUCUCUGUCCCCAGGGACCUGUUGUCCCAAGAUAUCAUUUGGCGGUUUGGAAUAGACUCUGACCUGACCAUACUCAACAAACGAGUAUAAACAAAAACGAACGAUUCACGACAGAGGAUUGUCUUCAAACUCUUGUCAACUGCGACGUGCUGGCCUUCAGAAGUGAACGAGAGGUCUAAGAGAACCUAUUUGAUUCGGACAUACCACCAAUCGCCAACACAUAAUUGCUGAUAUAGCUGGACAAGACAAGUCAACACCCCAAAAUGGAACAAAUAGCCAACCAAAUUGAUCGGGACGAUACGGGCGAUAUCGUGAAGGACAUGCAAAAUGCACCAUCUUCCACCGACAACUUUUUUGCCACACCUACCGGUAAAGGCGGCUCCGAAGGUGUUGGCGGCUCAGGUAACGGCAACACAGGCGUAGGCGGUUCUGGUUCAGGCGGCAGCGACGAUGAUGAAGGGGCCAAAGUCAUUGUCUUUAAUUCGACAAACUUCGAGAACGGUCGAGUCUUUCAGCUCAAGGAUAGCGACGGGAACAAAAAGAUAAUCGGCUUUUACAAGAAUGACCCCAAAGCCACACUCAACGUGGUGCAGUGGCAGGUUAUCAACGGCGACAAUAUCGAACCUUUGGGUAAUGCCGAGUUUAGCAAUGCGAAGCCCGAUAGGCAACUCACAGAUGUUACCAACAAUUCUGUUACGCUCAGCUUUACAGGUGCAACCUCGAAAUAUUAUGGAAAAGAGAUGUACAUUCAGGUCGACUGGAAGAAAGACGGAGCUUCAGGCUACACCAAAACAGAACUCUUCACUGUCACCGACAGCAACAACAACACCGAGAUCACUGAACUAAAUGACCAACUCGAGAAGGAUCAAAGCCAACAAGAGGCAUUGGAAUCCACCACUUCGUCAUCCUCAUCGGCAACAUCCACUGCUUCGCCUUCGUCGACUUCAGGGGUUGAAGAAAGUUCCGGUGGCGGCGGUGGUGGGCUCUCAACUGGCGCAACUGCUGGCAUUGCCGUUGGUGCUGUUAUUGGUGGUCUCCUUAUCAUCGGUACACUCGCAUGGUUCUUUCUUCGCCGGCGUCGACGCAGCAAGCAGACUGGCGAUGAGUAUGUCACACAGCAAACAUACGCAGUGGACAAGGAAACUCAUGGCCGUGCUACCGAUUCACCCAACUCACCCUACUCAGAUGAAAACCAUAUGCAGCCUGUUGCUCUCGGUAGCCUCGACCGUGAUCGUGGUGCCGCUCCAACUCCCCCACCCGGCGGCGUGCCUCGUUCAUCCAUCGGGUCCCAUGAUCGUGCAGCACACAGCGGCGCUCAGACACCCCAGGGCAUGUCAUCCAACGUGGCUCACUUGGUCGAAGACGGUAUGACAGCCGAUGAGAUUCGAAGAUUAGAGGAAGAGGAGCGGCAACUGGAUGAUGAGAUUGAGCGUGCGGCGAGACGAUAGUACCGCCUCGCAUGGGCAAAAGCCAUCUGUAGACCGGAGAAAAUCGGGUCGGGAGGCAUUGACUCCUGGUGCGGGUGUGUUAUGGGGUUUGGAGUUUUGGAUUAUGCCAUGUCUUGUUCUUACGGUCACUUCUUGGGCCGCCCACGUAGCCUGCUUAGUUUUGUUCAUCGUAACGGUGCUGUGUAUUCUUGGCUUGUUGACGGUAUAGCUGGUCCAACUGUCGAUCAGAUGCAGGCCUAGAGAGAUACCACAGAUUUCUUUUGCGAGAUUGACGAAAGGCCAAAACCUGAUACGAUAUCUUGCAAGACGUUUACUUGCAGCGAUUAUGAAAACAUGGAUAUCGUGCUAAUAUAAACACAAUUCGUGGGAAAUCGUUGAUAGCGUCGCGCAGUCCAUA